AUGAAAAAAGGAGAGUACACCGUGACAGGGUUGGAACUGCUCGAGCUCCGGGUGCCGACACACGUUCCGCUGGGCACGCGGCCGUCACUGUCGUGUCGCUGGCGACUGAACCCCACAGAUAUCCUGUACUCCGUCAAGUGGUACAAGGAUGGAAAGGAGUUCUUCAGGCACGUGCCGAGAGAUGUCGAACCGAGGAGAAAAUUUUUACUUCCCGGAGUCGAUGUAGAGGAAUCCUCUCCUAAUGCGUCCAACGUGACGCUGUACCCGGCGGUGCUGGAGACGGGCGGACGCUAUCGUUGCGAGGUGUCCGGGGAGAGACCGCUUUUCCCGACCGUCUCCGACUACGCGGAUAUGAUUAUUGUCGCUCUACCGUCCGAGGGUCCGGUAAUAUCGGGGUCCCGCGUGCGCUACCAGCUCGGCGAUCGCGUGCAGGUGAACUGCACGUCGGGGCGCUCGCGGCCUGCCACCCAGCUAGCGUGGUACGUCAACGGUGAGCCCGCGCCGCCGGCCGUCGUGCGGGGGCCCGAGCACUUCCGUCACGAGGACGGACUGGAGACCACGACGCUCUCCCUGGACUUUAAGGUUAAGCCGAAGCACUUUAAAAAGGGCGAUUUAAAAUUGAAGUGUCUCGCCACCAUCGCGACGGUGUACUGGCGCAGCAACGAGGAGAGCGUGCAGGGCGAGCGGCUGAAGGGCCACUCGCGCUCGCGGGAGGCGCUGGAGGGCGCGUCGCGCGCCGACCGCGUACGGGCGGGAGCGGACGCGCGCGCGCCGGGCGCGCUGGCGCCGCUCGCCGCGCUGCUGGCGCUGGCGGGGAUGCGUGCCGUGUGA